GAGCAGAAGAAAAGGAGAGAAAGACGCCCUUUUCUAAUAACAGAAGCCAAACACGAGAGUAAAAGGUAAGGCAAGCAGAAGUCACUGGUCACUGAGCUUUUAGGAACCGCUUUCAGUGGAUGAGCUUAAUCACUAGCCCGAGGAGAUACUCUCUCCUCCUUCACAGCCUAGUGCUGUCACUGCUACUCAGCUACAGCAGCGUCCAUGUCGACGGUAAAAAGGAAAAAGAAACACUCCACCGGCUCCCCAUAACGGGGCAGGCUGACCUGGUCUUUAAAGUUGGAGACAAUCCAUGCAAGGUGCUCAAAAAGUAUUGCAAGUCCCUUCAACCUCGCUUCACGUACGAAACAUGCUUCAGCCAGCUUCACCCAGUUGCAAUACAGCAGCUCUCACAGCUUUGGGAGAAGGUGAGGGAGAGACUGAAAGUAGAUGAGACUUUCUUCAUAGACUGCGAGCCUAUCAAAUACAUUGGCUCCAGCAAUGGGUUCUCUCCCGGAAUAUCUGUCACUGCAGCUCCUACCACACUCAACAAUGGAGGCUCUACAGCAACAGAUACCAGAAACAGCUCUGGGAUUAUAUCAGAAAUGCUUACGUACCUCAAGAGAGCAAUGGCAAUGGAUGCCGAUGCAUUGCAGACCUUCAACACGAGACGAAAUGAGCUCAAACUAACAGACUCUGAGCGCUACGAGCUCUAUCGUAAAGCUCUCCUCCUCUUACCUAACAAUUUGUUUGUAGUUGAUCAGUUUGGACUAGCUCUCAUGUACAUUGACUACGAAGCUCCAGCUAGAAAACUAUUCUCCAAUGCAGUCUCACGUGGAAUGUGGGGCAAUCCCCUACAGAGACCUGUGUCAAAAUAUGUCCCUGGACUGACCUCUCUCCCAUGGCAUGACAAAACCAACUACCCAUUCAUCACAAGACUGGAGUCUGGGUAUCAAGACAUAAAAGACGAGCUGCUUAGCAACUUAAAGGAGAGGAGGCACCUUUUUACGGAGGAAGCAGAGAACCUGCACGUAGGCGGAGACUGGACCGAACUGAGACUCAAGUCUUCCGGCCUUGGGUUCUUAAAGCACACAGAGUAUUUCCCAAAAACCAUGAGACACAUCGAGAACUGUGGACAAGACUUUACGAGCAUUAAAUUCUCUGCAAUCCAGCCAGGUACACACAUACGCACGCACACUGGGCCUACGAACGAGAGACUAAGAGUCCACCUGACACUAAUACACAAUGGAGGAGCAAGGAUCAGAGUAGGCACAGAGUGGCAUACUUGGGAGGAAGGAAAAGCAAUCAUUUUUGACGACUCGUGGGAACACGAAGUCAUCCAUACUGGUGACAGCAUCAGAGCUGUACUCAUUCUUGAUAUUUGGCAUCCCGAGCUGCCACCAUCACAACGCAUAGUGCACUAGUUGUAAGAGUGCAUAAUAGUGCUACUACCCACAACAAUAAAACUAUUAUUACUAUAUUAUAUAUAUAUAUUCUCUUUGUUUAUUGUAGAGUGGUUUGUGCCUUUCAUUUAUAUACUGUAUAUGCCACAAUCACUUACUCUUAUUAUAAAAGAAUUAUUUUUAUGACUGUAUAAAUACCAAUCCAAA